CCGGGUCGGCCGCGGGUUGGAGCAGCUCAGGUGCGGCCCCGCCCCGCCCGCCCGCGGCCCCGCCCCGGCCCAGGUGAGCGGCCCCGCCCAGGCCCAGAUUGGGAGAAGAGUAAGUGUGUCCUUAAGAAGACCGUCUUUCAAGAAAUACAGUCAUUGGGAGUGAUACUAGAUUCACAAUGGAGGUUCCCCCAGCAGCCAAGUUUGGUGAGACCUUUGUGUUUGAGGACGGCUUAGAGAUGCAGCAAGACCUCUUCCCGGAGGAGGACCUGGGGGACCCUUUUCUUCAGGAAAGAGGUUUAGAGCAAAUGGCUGUUAUUUAUAAGGAGAUCCCUCUCGGGGAGCAGGACGAGGAACAUGACGAUUAUGAGGGCAAUUUCAGUCUGUGCUCAAGCCCUGUUCAACAUCAGAGUACCCCCCCAGUAAACAGAGCCCAGGAUGAUGAAAUCUUCAGCCCAUCCUUCUUCCAGAAAUCAGACCUUAGUAUGUGUCAGAUAAUCCACAGUGGAGAGGAGCCCAAUAAACACAAUUGUGAGAAGGCAAGCAGGGCGCACUCAGGACCUAACGAACCUCACAGAACUGUACCACCGGCAAAACCCUAUGCGUGUCGGGAAUGCGGGAAGGCCUUCAGCCAGAGCUCUCACCUUCUCAGGCACCUGGUGAUUCACACUGGGGAGAAGCCCUAUGAGUGCUGUGAGUGUGGGAAGGCCUUCAGCCAGAGCUCACACCUUCUCAGACAUCAGAUAAUCCACACCGGGGAGAAGCCCUAUGAAUGCCGAGAAUGUGGCAAAGCCUUUCGCCAGAGCUCAGCCCUCACGCAACACCAGAAAACCCACACUGGGAAGAGACCGUAUGAGUGUAGGGAAUGUGGGAAAGAUUUCAGCCGGAGCUCAAGUCUCAGAAAACACGAGAGAAUCCAUACAGGAGAGAAACCUUAUCAGUGUAAGGAAUGUGGGAAAUCCUUCAACCAGAGCUCUGGCCUGAGCCAGCAUCGGAAAAUCCACACCUUGAAGAAACCUCACGAAUGCGAUCUCUGUGGGAAAGCCUUUUGUCACAGGUCCCACCUCAUUCGGCACCAGAGGAUUCACACCGGGAAGAAACCUUACAAAUGUGAAGAGUGUGGGAAGGCCUUCAGCCAGAGCUCCAACCUCAUUGAACACCGUAAGACCCACACUGGCGAAAAACCCUACAAAUGUCAUAAGUGUGGGAAAGCCUUCAGCCAGAGCUCCUCCCUCAUCGAGCACCAGCGCAUCCACACUGGGGAGAAGCCCUAUGAGUGCGGCCAGUGCGGGAAGGCCUUCUGCCACAGCUCUGCCCUGAUUCAGCACCAGAGAAUCCACACCGGGAAGAAACCCUACGCAUGCAACGAGUGUGGCAAAGCCUUCCGGCACAGGUCAGCCCUUAUUGAGCACUAUAAAACCCACACCAGAGAGAAGCCCUAUGAGUGUAACAAAUGUGGCAAGUCCUUCAGGGGAAGCUCACACCUUAUUCGGCAUCAGAAAAUCCAUGCUGGGGAGAAGCUCUAGAAGGAGGAGCUCACACCAAAGCUUGAAAUCCUUUCCCAGAUGGAGCCCACACCCCAUCGCCUUGUCUGUAAGACCCCACCCACCUCCCUGAUCCCAGGGCCGAAUGGAAACAUGCCACCCCCAGUGCUUCUGGCCACCCAUGGUAGCAGCCAGGGCCCCCCCGCCGGCCCCGGGCGCUUCACACGCGGCAGGUUUACUGAGUGGAAGGGAGGGUGGAGUGAUGGGAAGGCCGCUGAAACAGAGGUGCAGCCAAAGAGAGAGUGGGCCUUCAGUCGUUCACAUUUGACUCCAAGCCUGUGAGAUUGAGUUUUGCCAUCUUUUCGCCUUUGUCAAAAUCCAGAAGAAUAAACACCAGAGAGAGAAAGUUGAGUUAAAUACACAAAAAUGUCAGAUGAACUCUUUAACAUCAGCUGCAGUCUGGCACUUUUAGAAGACAGAACUGUGCUCACAGUCCAAAUCCGCUAAAGAAAAAUGAAUCCGAAAGUAGAUACGUUAAUGGCAAAAUGGAAUCUUCUACCUGGCUUGGGGAUUGGUGGGGACAACCAAAACAGGUUACAGAAGAAAGGGAAGGUCUGGAAGGAUUCAUUCUGGGGUUGGGGAAGAGGGCAGCAUGGUCUCUUAAGCCCUGUUCUGGAUUAGAGUAAGGGAGGUUUCUGGCAGAUGGCUCUUUCACAGGAUGGUAGAGGUUUGGUCCUGUAGGCCAGAGGACAUUUGACCCUGGCUUUGACUUAGCCUGGCAUAAGGCAUUAGUGCCCUCCAGUUUUAACCCCUCCACAUGACCUAGGGCUCCCAAGACCACAGGGUGCCUUGGUCAGCAGCAGGGUCUGUUUCUGGUCUGGUGGCUCUGCAGCCACCUCUCUGCCCUCCAGUGCUGGGGGAACGAAGGAAGCAGGGCGAUUCAGCCAGAGGUCCCAGUUCAGAUCCCAGUUCUGCUCCUCCUACCCGUGUGACCUUGAGGAAGUCCAAGGCUCUUUUUCCCUGUCUGUACGAUGCGGAUAUUGGGACCUGGCUGACUGCUGUUCAGAACGAAGGCACCCAUGAAGGGCUUUGGCAACUGGCAGUUGAGGACAGAGACCAGAGGGACCCUUGCCCCACCCAGAGAUCUAUUUCCUAAAGGCCAGAGAGGCAUCCUGCUGGUUCCCCCGAUGGCAGGGCCUGCAGCCCAUGCUGUCACUGAACCUGGGAUUAGGCUUUCCUUCACUUCUUCCAGCCUGCACCCUAGGCUGUGGAUGCCCUACGGGGCCACCUACCAGACAGGGCCCCUCUCCGGAUGCCGUCCCGAACCUCUCCCAGUAGCAGCGUGGUCUGUGUGGCCACAUCCUCGAUGUUCAUACAGUACCAUAGCCUGUUGCCUGCCUGGACCAAUUCAGUCAGUAUCCCCAGAGGUGGGGCACAGCCAGUGGUGUGUUUUUAAAGCUCCCCUAUGUACGUUCCAGUACGUAGCCAGGGUGUGAGCCCUGUGCUAGGCAUCUAGCAACCCCGGCAUCCCCAAAUAUCAGGCCUGCUUGUCGUGAGCAGAGUUUGAAGGCGCCCGAUCUGUCUCGGUCCCCAUACCUCCCAUCUGCCAGGAAUGGGCUGAGGCAGUGUUGUUCCUGGCUGGUUGAGAGGUCUUUGUCCCAGGUCCUCAGGCCUUCGUGUGGCCACGGGGAUCUCUUUGGUACUGCCUUUCCCCAGGCUCCUCAGGGGCAAUCUGAGCGAUUCUGAAGUUUUCCAAAAAUUUAUGGCUGGAAUCCCAUGACCCCCAUCGUGGUAAUCCUGGCUAUUUCAGCUAAUCAGAAGCUCAGUUUGGGGUCAUGUAUCAUUUUGAUGAAUAAAAAUGGACAAGUAAUUGUUACUUAGUAAGUGGAGCUUGGCAGGCUGAGAUUUUAAAAGGCCAGGUCACCAACUGGGGGGAUCACAGUGGGAGUCCCAGCCAUGAGGACAGCAGCUGCUCCCAUCCAGCUCCUCUCUGUUGCUUGAACGUGUGAAACCUUGAGCCAGCACUGGGGUCUCCUAGAACCUACCAUACCACCAGCUAGACUGGCCUGACUGGCUGGCCCCAGGUAUUGUCUGCAGGUGGCCUGCACUGAGGGUCUUCAGCCACUAUUAAGGGUGCAGAGAGAAUUGAGACCCCUGCUCGGCAUCAGUGGGACAGCAGCUUCCUCCCCAAGAUCUACCUCCUUGGCACCCCCCCAUUCGGCUUCGACUGGGCCAGGUCUGUCCUUAUCCGUCAGUCAUCAGGUUUCCUACCUUUGAUGUCUCCGUGUGCUUCUGCACACACCAGCCAAAUUGAUUUUCUUAAAGCAUCUUUUUGCACAUGCCACCACUCUCCUUAAAACCAACCCUCAGGGGCUUUUCUGCACAUAAGCCCCCAUUUCAGCCAGUCUGGUUUGCUCCUUCUGAACAGACCACAGGGAGUUCACGCCACCCUGCCCAGAUGCUCCCUCCUCUCCCAGCGUCCCUUAGCUCACUUUAUGCUGUUCUUGCAUUUUGGAAUAUGCACUUUCUCCUCCUCCUCAUCCCCCCCAUGUCUUCCUUCCUCUCGACAAUUUAUGUAACAUGGGGAUUGAGACCCCCUUUCUAGAAGCUCCCCAGGUGAUUCUCACAGAUUCUCACAUAACCGUGGUAGGACCAGGUACUUUUCAAAGUGUGAGCAGAACCUAGUCCCUUCUGUUCGCAUUCCUUCACUGUUUUAUGUAUUUUUAAAUCCUUCAAUUUAUUUAGGUUCUUGAACAGUGUAAUAUUACAGGAGAACAUCCUGAUAAUAUUGUAAUCGUCCUUGGAUUUAGUUGUCAUUUUUGUCUGUCUUACAUUUUUUUCCUUCUAUGGCAAAUGUUGAGUGUUGUAAAGCUCCAACACUUGGUUUUGUUGACUAAUCGAAUGGUUUUGUCAAAGUGUAUGUAUUCUGUCUGCUCUUUUUUAUUUUUUAUUUCAUAUUUUACACUUCUGAAAUUAUUUAGAUAUAGCUAAUCCUAUUUUAUUGUUUCUAGUAAAUGCAGGUACUUCGGUCUAGGGCUUUUUUCUUUAGAGGUUUUUCUGCACUCUUGUCAGUUUGACACGUGCCCGUUUUUGUUUUCGUAUGAGGAAUUUCCUUUUGGCCCAAGUGUUAUUCUUUUUUCUCUAUUUCCAAGUGACGAGUGCAUAAGUCAUUGCUGUUCUUUCUUACUGUGCUGUGGUGUCAACAUUUCUAAGUGUCCAUAGAACUACUCUGGGCCUGAAGAUAUGAUCAGUUUUUAUAAAGCAUUUGUGUACUCUCAAAAAAUGGGUUUGUACUCCAUCGGUUCUAUUUGUUAACUUGUUUUUAAAUUGCUUUAUUCAAAUUCAUGCUUUCUCUGUUGUUUACUUUACAGUUCUUAACCUGGUGUCUGCAGACUGCCUAGGAGUUCAUGAGUGCACAGGUCUAUUUUAGAGGCAGCAUAGAGGGAUGGAAAAAGCUGGGUGGCUAUGUACGUGAAUGAAUUGUUCGGGGCUGGGGUGGGACCUGUAGCAUUCACCACAUUUUGGAAAGGCUCUGUAAGCCCCAAAAUAGUUAAGAACACUCACUGACAUGA